AUGACACUGAGUGUACAAAAGAAUUUCCCAUUUCCUCCAGCCAUUGUGAUUGAACUCCCGCACAGUUCACCUGGAAAUUCCAGUUGUGGAAGUCGUGAGGAUCUUGACGCGGAUACUCUGGGUGCUCUCAGUGAUACGGUGGAUGGAAAGCUAUCACAGAGUGCAAACUCUCCAUCCCUCAGACCCGGAAUUUUCUUAUCCCCUAAUGUUAUCUCGUCCAAAGAGUCAUCUAGUCCCCGAUCCAAUGACACCAUUCCAAACAGCCGGCCGAAUUCCCGUUCUUCUCGUCACUCGGUUACUUCAGCCACUGCCCAUCCACAAUGGGUUGUUCAUCCAUCCUCGUCUUCUUCAAAGGAUGCCACAUCGGAUUAUACACUUCUCGAUGUACCACGGAGUGGGCGUUCUCUCAGUCACUCUCAUUCCCUUCGCUCGGCCAGAAGUUAUAAAGAACGAUCUGCGUGUUUUCUCUACCCGGAAGACUUUGCAAAAAAUCACGAGUUCAGUUCGGGCGGAGUAUUGUCAGAAUUCGGGGGUAGUAUGGCUUGUUGCGGAUUGCACCCCGGAAUGGAAUCUGCCCAUUUGGCUUGUCCACACCGGUAUACCCGACAUGCACAUUACCACGCUCACUAUCCCUAUCCGUUUUUCCCAAACGACAAUCUGUCCGGGUCUAAUUUGAGUCAGCUCAGUGCCCUGGAAGUAAUGCACGAGAACUGUGGUCAGUUGUGCAUGCGUCAUCCGGCCAUGAAAGGUUCCCGUUCGGACAAACCCCGGAAAGUCAAACGUAGCUCACUCACUCCCACCUAUUCCAGCUCGGAUGCAUCGUCUCCGCAGCUGUCCACCAACUGUUUGCUCAACAUGUCUCCACAAAUUCCACAUUCCAAUCUGAGUAACUCGUUCCCAAUCACCACACAUAUGGCAAUUCCUGCCCACCUGCGUCGCACCUCUUCCAUGUCCGAGUACGCCACGGAAAUGAAGCCACGUCGCAGUUCGGACACAGAUUUUACCCGUUACGAACAGCUGAUGGCUCAACAGGGUACUAGCGAGCCACCGAAAUCCCGCUGUCGUCCAAAUGGACGUGGAGUUCACCGACAUUUUUCCCUUUCACAUGGACCGUGCUUUGCCGCCCACGCGCAUGAUAUAGCCCCAGUCCCAUGUUACGUAGGCCCGCCAACUGGAUUUCUCAGUCACAAUAGUUCAUAUGCCAUUCGUUCCCCUCUCUCACAGCGUCGGCAUACUGAUGGCACAGACACGAAACCGUACUGGUUACAGCCUCCAUUUCAUACACGUCGUGCUCGAUCGGUCAACUGUCAGACACUGGGCGAAUUGAUCACACAAACACCUGCAGCAGUAUCCGGACAGCAUUUGUCUCACUGUAUGAGUUGCCUUAAUCCCGGCACACACUGCACGUGUCGCGGUAACACUAGCACGUAUUCCGUACGGAUUCCCAUGCCCCAAACAGAGACCAGAACAAGCUCCGUACUGGGUAGCGAUCCAGACAAUGAGGCGGUGAAAUUGUGGGUCGAGGAUGAAGAAGAGGAGGAGCAGGAGUAUCACCAAGCGGUGGACGAGGACGAGGAUGAGGAUGAGGAGGACACACGAAUCGAAACGCGCAUGCUUCCGAACAAGUCCAGUUCAAAUGGACUUUGUUUCUGUCAACUGAUUGUACUUCUUGUGUCCAUGCAAAUUGUCCUCGGACUUGCUGCAACCGGGUUGGGCCUGUAUCUACGAUGGCGUGUUCCCCUGCUACCCACAGAAGAAUGCUCAUUUUGGGCAGCUGUACCGGUAAGUAGACUGUUGCGUAUCUUUUUUCAUUGUUACUCUGGUCUAUUCGCAGUCCACCACCCCUCACCCCUCACUCAAUACCAUUCAGUAGGCUUGAUUCGAACAAGAUCUCCAAGUUAG